CCGUCGCAUUCUACACGUCAUUGUGACGCGCUAACAAUCGCGCUUUACUUUAAACAGACGUUGACUUAUCUCUCUCGUAGUGAAGCAGGGUCAGGAUGACAGAAAACGACGUAGAUAACGAGCUGUUGGACUAUGAAGAUGAUGAGGUGGAGGCCGGAGGGGUUGGAGAUGUUGGAGAUGUUGGAGGUGCAAGUGACAUGUCGAUAAGGAAGGAAGGGGUGAAGGGCUCCUAUGUGUCCAUUCACUCCUCUGGAUUCAGAGACUUUCUACUGAAACCUGAACUGCUGAGAGCCAUAGUGGAUUGUGGGUUUGAACAUCCGUCUGAGGUUCAGCAUGAAUGCAUCCCUCAGGCAAUCCUGGGUAUGGAUGUGCUCUGUCAGGCCAAGUCUGGGAUGGGGAAGACAGCAGUGUUUGUUCUUGCCACCCUGCAGCAGCUAGAGCCCAUCACCGGUCAGGUCUCUGUCCUGGUGAUGUGCCAUACCAGAGAGCUGGCGUUUCAGAUCAGCAAGGAAUAUGAGAGAUUUUCAAAGUACAUGCCCACUGUUAAGGUGGCAGUGUUCUUUGGAGGGCUGUCUAUAAAGAAGGAUGAAGAGGAGCUGAAGAAAAACUCUCCUCAUAUUGUGGUGGGAACACCAGGCAGAAUCCUGGCACUGACGCGCAGCAAGACGCUCAAUUUGCGUCACAUCAAACAUUUCAUCCUGGAUGAGUGUGACAAGAUGCUCGAGCAGCUUGACAUGCGCAGAGAUGUCCAAGAGAUUUUCCGUAUGACUCCCCACGAGAAGCAGGUCAUGAUGUUCAGCGCCACCCUGAGUAAAGAGAUCCGUCCAGUCUGCAGAAAGUUCAUGCAAGAUCCGAUGGAAAUCUUUGUAGAUGACGAAACCAAGCUAACUCUGCAUGGGCUGCAGCAGUACUACGUCAAGCUGAAGGAUAAUGAGAAAAACAGAAAGCUCUUCGAUCUCCUGGAUGCACUAGAGUUCAAUCAGGUGGUGAUCUUUGUGAAGUCCGUCCAGCGUUGUGUAGCUCUGGCUCAGCUGCUUGUGGAGCAGAACUUUCCAGCGAUUGCCAUCCAUCGAGGGAUGCCUCAGGUGGAACGUUUGUCUCGCUACCAGCAGUUCAAGGACUUCCAGAGGCGAAUCCUGGUGGCCACCAACCUGUUUGGACGAGGGAUGGACAUUGAGAGAGUCAAUAUUGCCUUCAAUUAUGACAUGCCAGAAGACUCUGACACUUACCUUCACAGGGUUGCUCGAGCAGGCAGGUUUGGAACGAAAGGCCUGGCCAUCACAUUUGUGUCUGAUGAAGGUGACGCCCGCACGCUCAACGAUGUCCAGGACCGCUUCGAGGUGAACAUCGGCGAGCUGCCGGAAGAGAUAGACAUCUCCUCGUACACCAAGUCUUCUUUUGUUUCUUGAAUUAUUGUAAGGUUCAUCCAAACUAACAGCACUGUGUGUGCGCGUGCGCGCGCGUGUGUGCGCUCCUGCAGUUGAACCAGCACGAUAAACGAGCCGGACGCUCCAGUUGGACUUCGAUUCACUUUGCAGUUUUACUCUGAUGGAAGAUGCAGACUGUGUUUGUAUGAAACCUGGCAUGUCCAACAGCAGAUAUUUACCCAAGCCUGUGCUUAUUGAAAGGAAGAACGCAGGGGCACAGCUCCCUCUGCAGGAAUGAUUCAGAAUAGACUUUGUAUGAUAUUAUUUAAGUUUCUAAUGUCGGUAUUUGUUAAUAUAUAAUUCAAGUUAUCUGGUUUUCUAGGUGUGAGUGGAAGUACCAGAGGUAGUUUAGUACUGACAGUAGAAAGGCACUGUUUACUGCUGUGGAUUAAUAAAGUUUGCCUGGUAAGGUCU